UAGAAAAUGUCUUAUCAAAUGGCAUUGGUGAAAACAUGCGUACUUCAAUGCUAAAGAUUCUCAUAACAGAAAUAACAGAAAGACCUUUUCAGAACACAAACAAAGAAAACAAAACAAAGAGAAGAAAAAAAAAGGAGAAGGAGAGGGAGAAAGAUGGCUACUAGCAACAAUGGAAAAGCGGCCGCAAAGGAAAGGGAAAAGGAAGAGAGGAGGAGGAGGAUCGCAGAGAGAGGUAGCGACAGAAUGGCAUUGAUUACUGGUAAGAUCAAUACCCUUCCUCCGCAACCUCCCUCUGGAACCUCCUCCCCAAGGCAACCCCAUCAUUACCAAACGCAAUCAUUAGGAAAUUUCGAUAAGCAUUUGGACAAUGCUGAAGAUCUUCUUCGUCAUUUGCGUCCUCAAUCUUUGUCCCCUGCAUUUGCUUCUGAAUAUGAAGAAGAGUACAUGGGUGGUUCUGAGAAUGAACAAGAUUCCUCUACAGCUUUGUCAAGGUUAAAACAUCAGGGUGGAUUUAGGUACUCAAAUUUUAAAGAUUAUGACAUUCAGAAACAAUUGGAGCAACAAGAUUCCGAAGAAGAUAAUAUGUCAAAGAAUAUUGAUGGCUACGAAAACAAUAGUGGCAAAAUAAAACUGCCGCUAGCUUCAAAGGCUGCUCAGAUGAAAGCAGCCCUUGAAGCAAAGCGGUCAAAGAGAACCGGACCGCCUAAGCCGGCACCAUUCUUCUCCUCAAGAGAGCUCAACGCAUGCAUCAUAGCAUCGGAGACAAAACGAGCCCUCAGCUCUUUGAUGAUAGCAAUGAUAGUUGUUUUCUGUUACAUGAUUUCGGCUAGGGUGGAAGCCAUGAGACCACUUUACAUACUCUUGAUAACCAAUGUCACAAUCGUGCUGAGUCGCUUGUAUAGCGAAAAAGCGAAGCUUCUAGAAGAAACCAAUGGCGUAAAUGAAGACCCUGUGGAUCUACAAAGCUGGGGAGAUGCAGUGAGACUCUUGGAGAGAGGUUUGGUUGCAUAUCAAGCCAUUAGAGGGAUUUUCAUAGAUUGCAGUAUUUACUUAGUGAUUGUUGUAUGUGGUGUUUCAAUGGUUUAAGGUUUUUGUUACGGUAAUGGUAAUGUUAGAAAGACAAAAAAAUCGUCAGAAUUUGUUUUAUUUAAUAUUUAUUAAUUGCUGCAGUAAUUAAUGAAUACUAAAUAAAAUAAAUUUCGAUUGAUUUUGAUUAAAUUUUUUUUGUUACUAAAUAUUUUCGUUUUGUUAUUAGGGUUUGUUUGUUUCGAA